UUGGUCGUUGCGUCAUUUUUCAGCGACACUAUCUGACAAGCAAGCAUGGCUGGAACUGAAGUGGAGAAGAAACCCACAUUGGAAAUGGUCCAGGCGGAUGGGGCUGACGAGGGUUGUGUGACGUUUGUUCUGCAUGAGGAGGAUCACACACUGGGCAACUCCCUCAGAUACAUGAUCAUGAAGAAUCCGGAAGUGGACUUCUGUGGCUACAGCAUCACCCACCCGUCGGAGAGCAAGAUCAACUUCCGCAUCCAGACACGAGGGGGUCUGCCGGCUACAGAGGGGUUACGCAAGGGCCUGAACGAGCUCUCAGAUGUCUGUCAGCACGUCCUCAGCACCUUCCAGGCGCGAGUGCAGGAGUUCAAGGAUGGCCAGGAUGAGCUGAUGGACUGAGAGAACAACUCAUCUUUGUAUUACCAGAGCGCCAAGAAUCAUGUGACCGGUGAAGCGGCGUUGGUCUGCGAGGGAUGUGUCUGUGGAUCAAACGGUUUUCAGACGGUCAAAAGUGUCGAGGAAACCACAGAGACUUACAUUUGAUUGUGGCCUCCUUUCCUGUGUUUUGUACAGUUAUCUCUUCCUGUUGUUGUACAGUUUGAAUCACGAAUCACACCUUUGUUAUGUAUUUUUUUUUAUUUUUUAUUAAACAACUCCUCAUGUGU